GAAUUAGUCCAAAUUUCACUCUGGCGCGUACAAGUUCGUGUCCCGGCUUAGUAGAGAUUCACGCUAAAUAGAGCAGAGCGCUGCAAAAUGGUGAUAUUAAGUAAACUUUAUAGUCAUGACCUCGACAAAGUCUUGACAUGUAACGACAUGGCUCACAGUGGCUCUUGUGCGAGGAAUUUAGUACUCAACUCAUACAAAUUUCUUAUAUCAAAUAUGAAAUAUUUCGCACCAGUUAUCGGUUUGCCGUUAAUUGUGCACAUACGCUCGCUCAAUAAGGGAGUGCUCAAGUCCACACUCGAGUACUAUGCGGAUGCGGUAGGCGCUGGCACAGCGACAGGCUAUGCGAUAGUUGUAAUGAUUUGCCUUUUACGAAAUGUGUUGGGAAAAUUCGGCAAAUACAGCUUUCUUUUUCUGCCAACUUUCAUAGGCAGCUUCGCACUGUGGUUCUCACCGAGUCCAAGAGUUCAUCGUCUAUUUGAGACCAGCGUAUUUCAGUGUACCAUGGAAUCGUUUAUACUUCAACAAAAAACUCUCGCCACCAAAUUAAUUGCCAAUUCUACACUACUACGCACAUUUAUAUUUAUGUGUAGUAGUGCGUUGAUAAUGAAUGCGAAGCGAGGAAAAACCUACAAAGGAUUUUGGUUGCUGGAACCUACGCCCAACCGCGCAAAAAGCACUGCAACAAUGGAAGAGCCAACUGAAGAAAGUAGCGGCAGUUUGCCCAAUCGUUCCUGUAGUCAUAAAAGCAAAUCGUGCACUCGAUAUGCCGCGCAAGGCAUACGGAAUUAUAUGAUUAUUGGAUUCACCUUGGAUAUUAUCAAAAUGUUGAUGGCCAAGGUGGCAACAAAUCGACAGGGCUUCACAGCUAAGCUGCUCAUCAAGUUGAAAACAUUUAAAAUACGCUCCUGUGCGCUGCUGACAUCGUACAUAGCGAUUUACAGACUGUUGCAUUGCUACUUCAAUCGAAACUAUGGCGGCGAUUCCACGCUAAACCACUCUGUGGCGGCCUUUCUUAGUGGCUCAUGCUUUUAUUUUUAUCCAAAAUUGACGCUGCUCUGCUACGCCGUGGUGUUGGGUACACAAAUUAGUUGGCAACACUUCAAAGCACAUCUCAGCACUGAACUGUAUGGCGACACUUUUGAGUGGAUCACACAGUUGUCCUACAACAAAAUACUUUACCCGUUGGCGCUGGCAUAUUUAGUGAAUACUUAUUGCUUUCGCAGCGAAUAUGUGAGCAGUCUGGGCGAGACGAUUAUAAACGGAAUCACAAACAAUUAUGCGAAAACAAUAAACCAAAACAUUAAGAAAUUUGAUCAACGACUGCUGAGCUCUUCACGUCAAUGAAAUGCCUUAAUGGAAUGCAUACGCAGGUGCAUAUUUGGACGUGUGAACGUAUGUAUGUGUGUAUGGAUUUAAACUAAUUCAAGUGAAAAUAACUAACACUGCAAAGAAUGUACUUUUGUAAAAAAUAAACAAAUGUAAUUAAUUAUAAGCUGGAAGCACGCAGAUACGUAAAUACACGCGUAUGACACUAUGCAACAUAUUCUGGUAA